UUCAACGCUGGGCUGGAAGCGAAGUCACUGCUUCUGUAGUCCCACUAAUAACCAAGAUGGCGCUGGCCGCAGCGAGUCGCGUUCUGCUGCACGCGGGAUCCCGCCUCGGGCGCAGGGAGGUCGUGGACGGCGCGCGGCGCUUCGCUAACAAGCGGGUGCUGGUGGAGACGGAGGGCGCGGCAGGGAUUGCUGUGAUGAAGUUCAGGAACCCUCCAGUGAAUUCCCUCAGCUUAGAGUUUCUGACAGAGUUCGUCAUCAGCCUGGAGAAGCUGGAAAAUGACAAGAGCAUCCGAGGUGUCAUCCUCACUUCGGAACGCCCGGGGAUCUUCUCAGCUGGCCUGGACUUGCUAGAGAUGUAUGGCCGGAAGCCAGCCCACCUCGCUGAGUUCUGGAAGGCCGUGCAGGAGCUGUGGCUCAGGCUCUACUUGUCCAACUUGACCUUAAUUUCUGCCAUCAAUGGAGCCUCUCCCGCUGGAGGCUGCCUCAUAGCUCUCACCUGUGACUACAGGAUUAUGGCUGACAACCCCAAGUAUACUAUAGGAUUGAAUGAGAGCCUGCUGGGCAUUGUUGCCCCCUUCUGGUUAAAAGACAACUAUGUGAACACCAUCGGGCACCGAGCAGCAGAGCAUGCCCUUCAGCUAGGGAUGCUCUUCCCACCAGCAGAAGCCCUCAAGGUGGGUUUGGUGGACGAGGUGGUACCUGAGGAUCAGGUCCACAGCAAGGCUCGCUCAGUGAUGGCCAAGUGGUUGGCUAUUCCAGACCAUUCUCGGCAGCUGACAAAAAACAUGAUGCGCAAGGCCACAGCAGACAACCUGAUCAAGCAGCGCGAGGCUGACAUACAGAAUUUUGCCAGUUUCAUCUCCAGAGAAUCCAUCCAGAAGUCCCUGAGCAUAUACUUGGAAAAGCUCAAGCAAAAGAAGGGCUAACCUACAGCUGUCACACAGGUGUUUAGUUCCAUGUGCCUUCUAGGGACCCACUGAUC